AUGCUGAGAAUUCAUCUGCGCAAAGUAUCAACUAUGCAAACUGCUGUUAAGUCUGGGGUGAACUACCCUCAGGAAUUCGUCAAGUUCCUUAAUUCUUCUCAUUCACCAUACCAUGUUGUCCACAACAUGAAGGAACAUUUGCUGGACCAUGAUUUCAUAGAAUUGGAUGAACGUGAGAGUUGGAAUGGUAAAGUUACCCAUAAGGGCAAAUAUUUCGUUACUCGAAACAAUUCAUCUAUUAUCGCAUUUUCAGUCGGUGGUAAAUGGAAACCUGGUAACCCAAUCGCGAUUACUGGUGCUCACACAGACUCUCCAACUUUAAGAAUCAAACCAAUCUCGAAGAGAAGUAAUGAAAAAUAUGCGCAGAUUGGCGUCGAAACUUACGGGGGUGGUAUAUGGCAUAGCUGGUUCGACUCCGACUUGUCGAUUGCUGGGAGGGUAUUUAUUCAGGAUAAGACUACGGGAAAGAGCGUCUCGAAAUUGGUUGAUCUGAAUAAACCUUUACUGAAGAUCCCCACUUUAGCAAUCCAUUUGGAUAGAGAUGUCAACCAAAAAUUCGUGUUCAACAAAGAGACACAAUUACUGCCAAUUGCUGGAUUGGCUAAGAAUGGUGAGCAAUCUGGCGAGGCGAAGAAAAACGAGGAGUUCUCAUCAAUCAAAGCUAUUGUUGAGAGACACAAUGAGGAUAUAUUGAAAUUGAUUGUCAAGGAUCUUUCUCUCGAAUCAGAAGCUGAUAUCGAAGAUUUUGAGCUCAUUCUUUAUGAUUACGCUGCAUCUACGUUGGGCGGUCUGAAUGACGAAUUCAUCUUUUCAGGGAGACUUGAUAACUUGACUUCUUGCUUCACCUCUUUGCACGCCCUGGCGCUGGCUGCUGAUACUGAGAUUGAAGAAGAAGAAGGUAUUAGGUUGAUGGCCAGCUUCGAUCACGAAGAGAUUGGGUCUUCCUCUGCUCAAGGCGCGGACUCAAAUUUUCUACCCAACGUCUUGGAGAGACUAUCUUCUUUGAAAGCUGACGGGACAGAUGACUCUAAUCCGCUUCCAAGAUCUUACAUUCUCGAGACAUCUGCUAAAUCAUUCUUCCUUUCGUCAGAUGUUGCUCACGCAGUGCAUCCAAACUAUGCUGGCAAGUACGAGUCCCAACACAAGCCUAUCAUUGGUGGUGGCCCAGUGAUUAAAAUCAAUGCAAACCAACGGUAUAUGACAAAUUCGCCAGGUAUGGUGUUGGUGAAAAAAUUAGCCGACAAAGCCAAAGUUCCCCUACAACUGUUUGUGGUCGCGAACGAUUCACCAUGUGGUUCCACCAUUGGUCCAAUCCUUGCGUCAAAGACAGGCAUUAGGACGUUGGACUUGGGAAACCCCAUUCUCAGUAUGCAUUCGAUCAGAGAAACUGGAGGUUCAGCCGAUUUAGAAUUGCAAAUUAAACUUUUCAAAGAAUUUUUCGAAAAAUUCAGCUCUAUUGAGCCACAAAUAGUUGUUUAG